UCUCCGUUGCCACAGGUGUUCACCUCAGACUGUCACAGGUGGUCGCUUGUUUAUCGUUACCUGUAGAAGGAGCAGGCGUUAUUGUGCUGCUGGUACAAACAGUUUUCACUCAGACUUCAUAAAGUGUAAAGUAAACUAAUGUCCAGAGGAGCAGAGGACGGUUUACUCUGAGCUCGACAGGUCAGGUCUGAGACAGUCAGUGAAGGCGGACUGUUUGACAAUCAUGGAAGUGUCGUUACAGAGCAGCAGGACGGUCCAACUUUCCCUCUAACUCUUUAAACAAAUGUCCACAAUGGCGUCUGUCCUGGAGGAUCCGACCUUAGAGAGACACUUCAAGGGCCAUAAAGAUGCUGUCACCUGUGCAGACUUCAAUCCAAACCGCAAACAACUGGCCUCGGGAUCAGUUGAUAAGAGCCUGAUGAUCUGGAAUCUGGCUCCAAAGGCGAGGGCUUUCCGCUACGUCGGCCAUCAGGACGUCAUCACAGGGGCGCAGUUCUCCCCGUCUGGUAACCUGGUGGCCACUUCCUCCAAGGACAGAACAGUCCGACUGUGGACUCCUUCCAUGAAAGGAGAGUCAACAGUGUUCAAAGCUCACACAGCGGCUGUUCGCAGUGUUGCUUUCUCCCACGAUGGACAGAGACUGGUGACGGCGUCUGACGACAAGUCUGUGAAAGUGUGGAGCGUUCAGCGGCAGUGCUUCAUCUUCUCUCUCAACCAGCACACCAACUGGGUGCGCUGUGCCAGGUUUUCUCCAGAUGGACGUUUGAUAGCGUCCUGUGGAGACGACCGCACCGUCCGGCUUUGGGACACGUCCACCAAAAACUGCAUCAACUGUUUCACUGACUAUGGAGAAUCAGCAACGUUUGUUGGUUUUAACUCCAGUGGCACCUGUAUCGCUUCUUCAGGAGCCGACAGUUCACUGAAAAUCUGGGAUCUAAGGACCAACAAGCUGAUUCAGCAUUAUCAAGUCCACAGUGCAGGAAUCAACAGCUUUUCCUUCCACCCGUCCAACAACUACCUGAUCAGCGGCUCCAGUGACGGCACCGUUAAGAUCCUGGACCUGCUGGAGGGACGCCUCAUCUACACCCUCCAUGGACACAAGGGCGCUGUAAUAACAGUAGCCUUCUCCAGGACAGGAGACCUGUUUGCCUCGGGGGGAGCUGAUGGUCAGGUGCUGAUGUGGAGGACAAACUUUGACACCAAAUCCUACAGAGACAUCCUGCAACAACACAGCCGGAGGUCCUCCCCGGACCCCCCGCCCCACCUGACUGACAUCCACCCCAGAGGACCCCACCUUCACCACCCGCAGCCCUCAGCCAUUCAGAUCAGUCCCAUCGUGGCAGACACUCAGUCCACUGAUCCACAUGUCAUAGAGUUGGGCCAGUCCGUUCACAGCACCACGCUCUUAAACGGUCGAACACACUCGACGCCCACGCGGGCCACCACCAACAGUCACCACUCCAAUGGUUUGCCAGCACGUCACGUGGCCAGUUCAAGAGUGGGAGGAUGGAUGGGAGACGAAAGUACCAGCGGGGCAGGUGUGGGUACUUGGAGCCAGACCAGAGCUGGCGGGGGAGGAAGAGGAAGGAGAGAGGAGGAGGAAGAGGAGAGAGGGCAGACGCAUCCAUUGGAAGUUCUCUCAGGUCAUCCAUCGAGUCUGGACUCGACGCUGCAGCACAUUGUUAAACAGCUAGAUAUUCUAACACAGACUGUUUCAGUGCUGGAGGAGCGUCUCACCCUGACCGAGGACAAGCUGAAGGAGUGUCUCCUCCACCAGUCCCACAUCCUCAAGGACAUCCGAGCGUCAGGAGAGAGGCGGAGGACGGAGAGCGAGGAGACGGACUGAUCACCUGUCCAUUUCAGUUGAGGACGACCUCGCCCUCCCUCAGACCGCAGCACAAUCACACAGACUGAGUUUAACACCGCCAGACAGGGGUGUGUGUGCGUCUGUGUAUGUGUGUGAGUCUGAGUGUGACUCUAAAUGUCCACCUUGGUGGUCUCUCUCAGGGGUCAGUGGGUUAAUCAGGAUUUGGACAUGUGUGUGUGUGUGUGUGUGUGUGUGUGUGUGUGUGUGUGUGUGUGCGUGUGUGCGUGUGUGCGUUUGAUACCAGCAUAUUUUGUCCAUGUCUUUCUGCACCUCUUAAGGAUGUCCAGCUGUACAGCCGAGCACAGUCUGGCUGGGGCAUUCCAAUUCUGCGUGUGUGUGUGUGUGUGUGGUGAUAUGGAUGUUACAUCCAAUCAGGACAGCUGCAGCUAUGAAAACAGACGGUGCUUGUCUGCUGUAUGACCUCUGUGUGUGUGUGUGUGUGUGUGUGUGUGUGUGUGUGUGUGUUAGUGUGUUUACAUGUGUAUAUGUGUGUAUUAGCACAUGUUUUAGCAGCUGGUUGACGUCUUUCAUCGUCAUCUGUUUGCAUUGGUUUUGUAAUUUUAAAACGUGCUCAUUGCCUCAGACACACAUCAUAUGAAUAUAAUUUCUAUGAAUAAAUGAGUUACUUU